GCGCUGCGGGCCUCACGAUUGGCAUGGCCCGGCAUCGUCCUCGAGCUCACGAUUAGCCGAUUGCUGCUUCUCAUUUCGCAGCAGAACUGGGGGCAACCACAAUGCCUAACAUUUGAUUCAUUCAGCAAUGGGUGCCACUCGCAUCUAAUCUGAGUUGCUCUAACACUUGACUUGGAACCGUUGGUCCGCUUCGCGGUAUCACCUAGCGCAAUGCUUCCUGUGUUGUUGUCCUUCCUGCUUCUCAUCUAUGGAGCCGCCUGCACGAAGGUUACGAGACUCGAGUACAACAUCACUUGGGUCAAUCGCAACCCUGAUGGCUUACACGACAGACCUGUGAUGGGCAUAAACGGCCAAUGGCCUAUACCCGCUCUCCACGCCACCAAGGGCGAGCAGGUUGUCAUCACAGUACGCAAUCACCUUGGCAACGAGACGACCAGCUUACACUGGCAUGGCCUUUACAUGAAUGGCACCACGUAUAUGGACGGUCCGCCAGGUGUAACACAGUGUGAGAUUUCGCCUGGUGAGAGUCUCAUCUAUAACUUCAAGAUCAACCAGCCAGGGACAUACUGGUUUCACUCUCAUACCAAGGGCCAAUAUCCCGAUGGACUUCGAGCUCCGCUCAUCGUUCACGACCUGGAUAACCCCUUUCAGAAUGACUUUGAUGAGGAGAUUGUGCUUUCCUUCUCUGAUUGGUACCACGAUCUGAUGAAACCGCUCCUGGCGUCAUUCAUCAGCGUCACCAAUCCUACGGGCGCUGAACCCGUGCCAAACUCGGCUUUGAUCAAUGACGCACAGAACGUGACGAUCGCAGUGCUGCCAGGGAGGACAUAUCUCAUACGCAUGGUGAAUAUGGCUGCAUUUGCUGGCAUGUAUGUGUGGUUCCAGAACUGCUCAAUGAAGGUUGUCGAAGUGGACGGCAUCUAUACUGAACCCGCGGAAGCGAGUCUGCUCUAUCUCACGGCUGGUCAGCGGUACUCUGUACUUCUCUCUGUAAACAGCGAUAGUGUGACCAACAUUCCCUUUGUGGCGAGCAUGGAUGAAGAACUAUUCGAUACAAUUCCCGACGAUUUGAACUCCAACGUGACUGGCUGGCUCGUGGUAGACAGCACACAAGGGUUACCACCACCACUAAAACUUGACCUUUUCACACCUGUGGACGACUACUCACUUCGACCCUUGGACGGUUUGGCCGCGCUUGAUACAGUCGACAGAACUAUCACGCUAGAUCUCAAGAUGGACAACCUUGGAGAUGGUGCUAACUAUGCGUUCUUCAACGAUAUGACUUACGUCCCACCAAAAGUCCCGACCCUAUACACGGUCAUGUCCUCUGGCCAACAUGCCAGCGAUCCAAUAGUGUAUGGCAGUCACACGAACUCUUUCGUACUGAAUGGGAAUGAGACUGUUGAAAUCGUUCUGAACAACAACGAUGAUGGGAAACAUCCGUUUCAUCUACACGGACAUGCCUUCCAGGUCGUAGCGCGCUCUGACGACGAUGCGGGAAGUUAUUCUGUCAACAGUGCAGCACAUCUGCCACUCGUCCCCAUGAGACGUGAUACCGUGCUGGUCCGGCCCAAUGGCUACGCCGUUCUAAGAUUCCGUAGCGACAAUCCCGGUGUUUGGCUGUUCCAUUGUCAUAUUGAAUGGCACGUUGCCUCGGGACUUACUGCAACCUUCAUCGAAGCGCCGCUACAGCUACAGGAAACGACAACUAUUCCACCCAAUCAUUAUGCUCUUUGCGAACGAAAUGACCCAUCGACACCGACUUCAGGAAAUGCAGCCGGUAACGUCGCUGAUCUGCUUAAUCUCCAAGGUGAACCUGCUCCUCCGGCACCGUUACCUGCUGGGUUCACGCCCAGAGGUAUCGUAGCUUUCGUAGUCAGUGUUCUUAAUGGUCUCGCAAUGGUGGCGAUUAUCGCGUGGUACGGCAUGCUGCCAAUCUCAGCUACCGAUUCUGGUGCAAAGAAUGCAGAUGCGAGUAGGGAGGAUGAAAGCCAACCUCUUUUGGGCACACCAGAGUCGGGGAUCGCGACAGAGCAAUAAACGUGUUGUGUUGAGUCAUAGACCCUACUCUCUAGACUAGAGAAAGCCAUCAUUGAGAAACAAAACCAG